UAUAACGCAGUUCUGUAAGCAGAGAGACCUAAAGACAUAUCCGUGUGCAAGAAGAAUAUACGGGGCUUUACAUAAUCACAAACGUCCACACGUUAGUUGUAGUGAAGCACUAUGGGUGGUCAGGUGUCCAUUGACGGGAAUGUCCAUGUGGUGAUUGUUGGCGGUGGUUUUGGUGGCAUUGCAGCUGCCCAACACCUUAAACAUCAUGGAGUGCCCUUUAUGCUUAUUGACAUAUUGGAUGCAUUUCAUCACAACAUUGCAGCGCUGCGUGCCUCAGUUCAACCUGGUUUUGCGAAACAGACAUUCAUUCCAUACAAAGAGACAUUUGGACUGAAUUUCCUCCAAGGCCGUGUCACACAGAUAGACACAGAAACGCAAACAGUUGUGCUUGACAAUGGAAAGCAAGUACGUUAUUCACACCUCAUUCUGUGUACUGGAACAAGCGGACAUUUCCCAGGCAAACACAAUUCUGUGGACACCUAUCAAUUAGCCAUUCAGAAGUAUGAGGACUUUGUUAAAAUGAUUCAGGAAGCAGCCACGGUUGUAGUUGUUGGUGGUGGAACCACCGGAGUUGAAAUGGCUGCUGAGAUCAGGACUGAAUAUACUGACAAGAAGGUGAUUCUGAUCCAUCCACGGGAGGAGGUGGCUGAUCCUGAUCUAUUGCCGUCUGUCAAAAAACAAGCCAAACAGGUGCUGCUGGAAAAGGGGGUGGAGCUGUUGUUAGAGCGGAAAGUGACAAACCUUAAUGAGCUGGAGUUGAAUGUGUAUCGGAAAGACAUGGUGGUCAAGACCAAUCAGAACGAUCAGGUCACUGCUGAUCUAGUCAUCUGCUGCACAGGAAAUAAGAUCAACUCUGAAGCAUACAGAUCUAGUCUGAAUGCAAGUAUGGCCGAGAAUGGUGCUCUGAAGGUCAACCAGCACCUGCAAGUAGAAGGCUUUGACAAUGUGUAUGCUGUGGGUGACUGUGCCAAUCUCAAUGAACCCAAGUUGGCGUAUCAUGCUGGACUUCAUGGUUCGGUUGCUGCCACCAAUAUCAUAAACACUCUGAAAGGAAAAUGUUUAACCUCGUAUCACACAGGAAAUGUGACUAUGCUGAUUGCUAUGGGCAAGGAUGCUGGAGUAGGCCAGUUUAAUGGCUGUAAACUACCUCGCUUUCUGGUCACCAAGGGUAAGAGCCAAAGCUUGCUGCUGUGGAAGAGCUGGAGGGAAAUGGGCCAAAAAUCCCCUAAUUAACACAAUGCUAAUAGUCCAUGUUACAUUAUACUCAAAAUGUCUGAACUAUAACAGUUCUGUUUUACUUGACUUGAUUCAUCACUUUUUAACAAAAUUAUUUUUACUUUUAUCAUUGCAUUAAUAUUAAAUUAAACCAGAUGAACAGAAGGAUGCUUUAUAUUGCACAAAUAACCAUCAUUGUAUAUAUUUCCAUAUAACAUCAUGAACUGUUUGUAAUUUGUGCUGAGAACAUUAAAAAGUACCAUUUUACAUAUGUAUAAAUUUGUUAAAGAAAUA